CCUGGUUUUCUGUGGGAAGCUCAGCUGACUGUAUUUGGGUGGAAGGUCUGAUGGAAGUUGGAGUGAUGCCAAUGUAACGUAAACAAAACGUCCUGCAGUCAUCCACUGUGCCACAGCAGUCCAUGUUCAAGUCUGCCAUACAGGCCAGGUGAUUCAGCCUCCAUUUAUAACCUGCCAUCUUUUUUUCCCCUUUUAGUUUUUCCAUCAUCAAUUUCUUAUGCCUAGAAAUUAUAACAAUUACUAUGGCAACUACUACAAUGGGCGCCAGCAGCAACAGCGACGAAACUGGAGAGGGCGUUAUAAUGAUGGCGACUUGGAGUGGGACAAUUAUGAUCUGGGGAGCGGAGGACAGCGCAACCUAAAAGACAGGCGUUACUAUAAUCGUAAUAAUCAGAAUAAUUUCCACCGUUACUCCAAUUUUCCGUCAACGGCGGACUCUGAAUUAGAGUGGGAUGACUACGACCUCCGACAGAAGCAAGAGGAGUGCUUGGAAGGGCUGGAAUCAAUAUUACCCUUGCUUAAUGAAUUGAAUCGAGCUCCCAGCUUUCAAGGACACUUCAACUCUAGAGGACGCUAUAACACUAGAUCGCAAUCUUAUGGACGUUAUCAGGAUGAUAUACGAAUGCGUCGUUUCAAAAUCAAUCAAGAUUUUUUUGUCUUAAGCGGAUACAACUCAAGUCUUUCAUAUAACUUGGACACAAAUUACAACCGAGGAAGUCGCCAUAUUAAUAAUAGAAGGAAUGGUUAUGAUCGAAGUAAUAGCUAUGACAGAUAUGGACGUAAGAAAGAUGGCCGUCCAGAUCAGCAAUUUUACAAUGCGCGUGAACGAAUAAGCCGUCCUUCAAAUUUGCCAAUUGAUGAUUGGCUGAUGAGCAAUACGUUUAGUUUGAUGCAAAACAAGAGGCGUUUAACGGACGUCAAUUUGUACACGAUAUCGCCGCAGGAUUUAGAACCAUUGGAUUCUUCUCAAAAUGGAUCUUUGGCGGAUCUGAGUGACUUGAGUUUAUGUAAGUGUGGCAUUGGGAAUAACGCUUUUAAUGACUAUCAAACCACGCAAAUUCACGCUAGAAAUAGAUUGUGCGACCACUACAGUCCGUAUACUCGGUCACCGGAGAAUUACGGCUGUGAAUGCUUUCAGCUUUGUAAUAACCUUAAUUCAAAUCAUCAAAUUUGCGAAGAAUGCCAAGAUAGGUAUAAUCUUAUAAGAAAUAAUCCCCAUAGCAUUGCGUAUCUUCAACAUAUUCAGCAAUACAGUCUGUACUGGGAAAAAGAUACAGACAGCGACAACUGCAAAAUGUUUAAAUUCAACAAACGGCGCAAGAAAGAGGGGCUUGAAAAGCUGUCAUCCGAGCUAUUCGGGCCGCGGCCAAGCAAUAGGCACAAGGGUGGUAGUUGUAGUAGUAGUGUUAGUAGAGAUUCAUAUGAUGAUGAUGAAGACUUUAAUAACAAAUCUUGUUGUACUUGUGUGGAGUUAGAUCCCAAUUUACAUACCGUUGAGUUUCAUUCUAACACGUCUCACAAAACGCUCUGUCACCACUGCUACGGGAAUGAGGAUAACAGGGUUCAAGUAGAUCUAGAACUAACCAACAACUUUCAUAAGGGAGACUCUGGGAGUCCAGAUGGCAUGGGUGCUUCCAUUGGUGACGGCAAUAAUCUGGUUAUGGGUUCUUCCGGUGACUCAGCUCUCUCAACUUCUGUGUCAGAGGCGGUCUGCAGAUGCCUACGUCAACGACCGGAAUCAUUUUAUUCAACAUGUACCAUCUCAGGUAGAACUCAUCACUCACCUUGCAUGCUUGCUUAUAACUCUCACGCUAAUAUUGCUAAGAACACUGGCAUUUCUACUUCUACAUCUUCAAACAUUAAUAAAGGUGAAGGGUCAUUUCAUUUAUCCCACAAUUCUGAUAUUAGACUUUCAAAUUCAAAGCUUGAUUCAACUAAUGCAUCUGUAUUUACUAUUAGAACCCCUGAUGGAUCUAAUCCAGAUUCUAAACUUGAUUCAACCAAAGGGAAUACAUCUCCGUGUACUAGUGGAACACCCGAUGGAUCCAAUGAACAAUCUGCUGUUUGUGAGAACAAAGUAGCCAUCACAAGUAUGGACACUUGCUCAGUUAACCCUAAACUUAAGCCUGAUGUGAAAAAAACUGAUACAACCAUAACACAGUCAACUUCAUUGCCGAGUGAUUGCCUUUUAACCAAUGAGCAAUCCUUAAACAAUAAAGUUGUCCAGUUACAGGUUAACAAAGAGUUUAAUGACCAGUCUAACGAUCAUAAUGUAUUGGAUGCUACUAACAGACAAGAUGUCUAUCCAGUAACCCACGAUUUUAUACCACUAACCAAUAUUAUUGGAACCCACUCAACUAAACUUGAUUGCAUUGAGCAUGCUCACAAAACUGACCAAUGGGACACUAGCAUGGAUUGUACAGUUGCUCCUGACUCAUCCAUCCUACCAUGUAAUCUGCACGCACCCUCUGAAGACCAGUCUACUGAGACUGGGAUUCAAGAGACAGAAAUUUUAGGGCCUAGCUUCUUUUCAGAUGACGACCUUGGACUGGAUUUUAAGCAGGAUGGGGAGGAUUUUUCGGUUGGUAGAAGUGCUGAUGGUGACGAUGACACGUUAAGCCUGGCUAGCGUUGCAAGCUUGGCUGAUGAUAAUAAAGAUGGGUCAGGAAAAAAGGCAAAGGCAAAGAAAGCAAAGAAAAGGAAGCGAAAAGGUGGAGAAAAAGGAGAGGAAGCAACAGAGAAUGAUGAUGACAAUGCUGGAAAUAAAAAUAAGAAAGUUGCACCAAACUACUUUGUUGCAAUACAGGUUUCAAACCCUAAGAUUCAACGAUCUUUACGGCAAGUGCAGAAUCAUGUCCUCAAUGUUGAUGAGAAACUAAAAGAUGCCAUGAUACCGAUACCCACAAUGCAUCUCACCAUAAUGGUAAUGCAUCUUGCCAAUGAGGAGGAAAUUGAAAAAGCUAAGAAAGCAUUAGCAGCCUCUCAUAAGGAAUUGUCUGUCAAGUUCGGAGAAGAAAAGUUACUCAUUCACUUCCAAGGCUUAAGUCACUUCAACAAUCAAGUCAUGUUUGCCCGCAUCUUGGACGACAACAACACGAUUGAGGUCUUGUACCAAAUUGCAGAAACUGUUGAAAGGUGUUUCAAGGAGCAUGGAAUCUCAUCGACAGGUGAGAGAGGCUUCAAGCCUCACCUGACCGUCAUGAAACUGUCACGUGCACCCAGCCUUCGCAAGAAAGGUGUACGGCGCAUCAAAUCUGAAGUAUAUAAAGAGCAUAGUAAUAAGUAUUUUGGAGGUCAGGUUAUGAGAGGUCUUCAGCUGUGCUCCAUCACAAAACCAAAGACAGGGGAUGGAUACUAUGCUAGGCUUCAAGAAUUCUACUUUGGAUCUUAUGGUGAACUAGAAGAAGAGGAUGAUGGGAUAGACUUGAUUGGAGACCCAGUUAUUGAAUCAGCCAAUAGCAGUCAAGCUUUAGAACCGCUAAAUGAACUUAUUAGUGACCUUAAAGAACAGAAGACAAACACAAUAACAAAGGUCACAGAAUCAGUCAAAAAAGCCCUUGAAACGUCUGGUAAAGAGGAGGACAGCACGAGUGAAAUAGUCUCUGAAUCCAGUCUUGACAGAACAGCUGAUCUCACAACCAGCUGCGAUGACAUGACCAGCGAGGAACCACAACAGCACAGGCUUGAUACAGAAAUUGACAGUCCCUCAACCAAAAACGUAACUUAACCACUGACCCCCAAAUAUGCAUGAUGUGGACGUGCUUGCAGAUAUUUUCAAAAAACAACUCAAAUGAAAACCGAGGGUUGCACGUGAUCAGCUUCGAAGCUGGAAGGAAAAUGCCCUCGUUAAAUAUGAUGUGAAACACAUAAUGUGAUCACUUAAUUUAUAUUGUAAACGUUUAAGACUAACCUGGUUCACACUAUAGGGAUUUAGACUUAUUGACGCAAGCACAAAAAACACACUACACCAAGUGGCAUUUGUGUUUUCCUCAAUGCAUCUAACUUGUUCUAAUCUCAACAAGCCUCACUUAAAAAGGAUACCUUAAUGUGUGCAUACUUUUUUGCUUCA